ACUCGAACUCGAAUCCAGAUCCAACAACACACGGCCAAAGCCUGAACCCGCUUUAUCCUUCCUACGAUCACCUCUACGAUCCUUACCCCCGGAGCUUGGAUACGUUGGCGGAAGCUGCGGAUGCCGAGGCUCUGACCGGUACUGGGGUUGGCGUCGGUACGGGUGGGUAUGGGGCCGGUGGGAACGAUGGCAGUGGUCCAAAUAAUGCCAGUGGUAAUACUGGCUCAGGGGAUUAUGGGUAUUCGGACCUCGGGUAUCGCACAAGCAUCAGGGAUGGGUAUGGGUGUUCAGGGAAUGGGGCAAGCGAUCGGCGUGGGCACGGCCGGAGGCAUGAGUGCGGGCGGCGGUGUUGGAUUAGGAGGCGGACAGGUUCAGGGAAAGAGGGCUGGACAGGGUUCGGUAGGAAGAGCGAUGCCGUACCAUUUCAACCAUCCCGAUCGAUCCGUCUCUCAACCCAAUCCCAAUAUCAACCUCAACAACCCUCCUGAUCACUCUCAAUCUCAAUACCCGCAUACCGAUUACGCUGGGAGCGCGGCCUCGGGGGAUGUCAUGGACGCCAACAACAACAACAAUCUCAAUGUCUCUGGCCAGACCACCAAUGCGGAGGGAGAGCUGCUGGAUGAACACGGUGUGGUCAUCCCCGGUGGAGCGAACGCGAGGAUACAGGAUGACAAACAGAGGAAGAGGAUUAUGCAGGCCUGCGAGCCUUGCCGGGUUCGGAAAGCUAGGUGCAACGGCAUGCAACCCUGUGGACGAUGCACGACCCGCAACCUCGAUUGCGUGUUCGCGCAUGAACGCAAGAUGAGGGGUCCGAACAAGGUCAAGAAGACGGCCGAGAUGAAGGCGCAACAGCGACAUGCCAGGCAGGCGGCCAAGCAGAGGGAUGCGUCAGGACAGGCGCAGGGGUUGGGUCACGGUCAGGCACAGGACGGGGAUAGUAUGAGACCGAACCAGAUGGGUGUCAUCAGUGCAGGACCAUCGGGGGAGAUGGACCUGACGCUCGAUACGGCGGCGAACCGGUAUGAUCAUCUACACACUGCUGGCGACCCCGCAGGGAACAAGAACGGAGGGAGGAUCAAGUCGCAGCAACAACAACAACUCGAGUACGAUGCGAGGCGGCAAGAGUUGUUCAACUCGUACGGCACAGAUGGGCUUGGAAGAGAUUCUUACGACCGGACCGGGCAACAGCCUGGACAGUAUUUCAGCUUGACGGCGGAUCCUUCCGUCUCGAACGGGUUCGGGUACCCGUCGGGAGGUCCUGCUACCGCCCAAUCCGUGGGAAGCGAAUACUAUUCGUCCUUCUCUCGGUCGAACGGCCAAGCAGAUCCGUCGCGACAGGACGAACGGGAUCGUCAUAGCGGAGUAGGCGCGAGUCAACAGGAGAGGCCGCAACAGAUGAUCGAUGAUCGGUUGGAGGAUCCGUCUGAAGAGGACCGAGCCAGAUUGGUUGCCUUGAUCGGAGCGGGGGCGAGGCUGGAUCCAGCCGAGGGCAACGACAGUCCGGGAAGGAGAAACAAUCAAGCGUUGGCUGCAUAUCUUUUGCCAGAAGGAGAUCCUGAGAAUGUAGGGGAAUAUAGUCCGGUUGGGACGGGAGUGGAAGAUGCGGGUGCGCAACAGUGGUAGAGGGACAGCACCGCACGAUUUCAAGGUACCUCUCCAGCCUGGUUGCUGGUCGCUCUACGGCAACACCCAGGUCUUGGUUCCUCUUGAAUGAUAUCUUUCACCUCUACGUAUAUGACACCGUUUUCACUCUUCGCUCCUU